UUAAGGUAGUGGAGUUGGUGUACUGUGUACACUGAACUUAAACGUGCAAACGCUACCUCAAUUAAAAUUGCUCGCUAGGAACCCAUUCUUAUUCUGAUCGGUAUCCUUCCCAAAUCCUUUUACAACAUCAUGGAGGAAGCUUACAAUAAUGUUGAAAAAUCCCUCAAGGAAGAUGAGUCAUGUUACGAUCGUUUGAAAGAAUUGAAGGCCUUCGAUGAUACAAAAGCCGGUGUGAAAGGACUAGCUGACUCCGGACUGUUAAAACUUCCUAGAAUCUUUGUUCUACCACCGGAGAAGCUCGUAGAAGAGGAGAAAUUGAUAGUUAUUGAUGACAGUACUUGUAAUCCCGGUGAUCACGAAACCAUACCUGUGAUAGAUCUCAAAGGGAUGGAAAAUCAACGUAUGCAGAUUGUAGACGAAGUUCGACGUGCAUCUGAGACUAUGGGUUUCUUUCAACUGUUGAAUCAUGGUAUCCCAAAAAAUGUCAUGGAAGAGGCUAUGAAAGGUCUAGCUGGAUUUCAUGAGCAAGAUUCAGAGUUGAAGAAAAAAUUCUACACAAGAGAGCUUAGCAGAAGAGUGAAAUUUUAUAGCAACGUUGAUUUUUAUGAAUCAGACUCGGCUAGAUGGCAGGACACUUUGAACUGCGCCAUGUUAUCUCCCGACCCAAUCGACCCUCGAGAAUUGCCCGAUGUAUGCAGAGAUAUACUAGUUGAGUUUACAGAGUAUAUUACGAAACUGGGAGAUACUCUUGCUGAGUUACUGUCAGAGGCUCUUGGGCUGAAACGAGACCACCUCAAAGGCAUGGAUUGCACAAAAUUCUUAUCAAUCCUAACUCAGUAUUAUCCGGCAUGCCCAGAACCAAAACUAACUCUGGGUGCAAGUAAGCACACAGAUCCAACUUUUUUCACUGUUCUUCUCAAGGGCCAAGUUGAUAGCCUCCAGAUUUUUUACAAGAAUCAGUGGAUUGCCGUCAAGCCUCUCCCCGGAGCUUUAUUAGUUAACGUGGGUGAUCUUCUGCAGCUUAUCAGCAAUGAUAAAUUCAAAAGUGUACCACAUAGAGUAGUGUCAAGCGAGGCUGGACCUAGAAUAUCUGUGGCUUCAUUUUUCGCAACCAGCUUUAUCAAAUCUACAAAGCUUUAUGGUCCAAUUAAGGAACUAAUUUCUGAUGAAAAUGGAAAACUGUACAAAGAUAUCACACUUACGGACUAUAUGCAGCAUUAUUAUGUUAAUUCGCGUGAUCAUAAAGCUGCCCAUGCUCUGGCUGCCUUCAAGAUGUGAUUGUCAGGGUAUGCAACUUGGUGCUACACCAUAGAACUAUUGUAAAUUUGCUUUCUGCUAUUUUGUGUGCUGUAUCUCGAAAAAUACCUUUUCUUCUCAGUAUACUGCUAUCUUCUAAGGUACACAGACUUGUAAGUGUCGUUCAUUGAAACUGCAAAUAACAUGUUUGAGCUCUUUCAAUCA